AUUCUGAGUUGCCUCAGAGGAGCGUCGCUGCAUCGAAGCGAACCCCUCAGAAAAAUGGUGCCUUCUGGAAGAAAACAUACCGGGAAAUCUGGAAAGCCAUCCAUGGAGGAUCAGGUGAUAAGACCCUAUGACUUUGAGAAAGAAGAAAAAAAAGAUCUGAGUGGUUCAGAGGAGGAUGUCAUUGAAGGGAAGACUCCAAUACUUGAUAAGCAUGGGAAAAAAAGGACUUCUACAGGAAUAGUUGAAGAUUUGGGGGGUGAAGUACAGAAUAUGCUGGAAAGAUUUGGAGCUGAUAUUAACAAGGCUCUUCUUGCCAAGAGAAAAAAACUAGAAAUGUACACCAAGGCUUCUCUCAAAACCAGUAACCAGAAAAUUGAAAAUGUUUGGAAAACCCAGCAAGAGCAAAGGCAGAAGCUUAACCAGGAGUAUUCUCAGCAGUUUCUGACUUUGUUUCAGCAGUGGGAUAUAGAUGUGCAGAAAGCUGAAGAACAAGAAGAAAAACUAGCUAAUAUGUUUCGCCAGCAACAAAAAGUUUUUCAACAGUCUAGAAUUGUUCAGAGCCAGAGACUGAAAACAAUCCGACAGUUAUAUGAGCAGUUCAUAAAGAGUAUGGAGGACUUAGAGAAGAAUCAUGAUAAUCUACUUACUGGUGCACAGAAUGAACUUAGAAAAGAAAUGGCUAUGUUGCAAAAAAUUAUGAUGGAAACUCAGCAGCAAGAGAUGGCAAGUGUUCGAAAGUCUCUUCAAUCCAUGUUAUUCUGAUGACUCUUUGAAGGAAGAACUUGAACCUAAGUAAUAUGAUACAAUUAUAA